AUGCGGCUGUCAAGUCACGUCGCCCGGCACGGCUCCGUCUUUCGGCGCUGUUUCGGAGCCGCAUCUCGGCCGGGCUGCUCUUAUCCUCAACGCCGCCUCAUGAGCUCCUCCUUGGCUGCUGUCAAGGACUUGCUCAAGAUCUCGGACGAGAUCACAGAUGCUGUUGCCACCAACAAACCCAUCGUUGCACUUGAGUCAACUAUCUACACUCACGGGGCCCUGGGCAAUGAACUCGCCCUCCAACAUUCAGAUCUUGUUCGCAGCAAUGGGGGUAUUCCCGCCAUCAUCGCCAUUGUUGAUGGCGUUCCUACUGUUGGAGCCACAGCAUCUGACAUCAUUCGCAUGAUCGAGAGUGGAAACGCUGUCAAAGCAUCCAGGAGAGAUAUUGCCUACCUUGCGGGAAUGGGUUUGACAGGACAGAAGAUUCACGGCGGCACCACCAUCUCAGGAACUAUGUUGCUCGCCAGGCUUGCAGGCAUUCGAGUAUUUGGUACUGGUGGCCUCGGCGGCGUUCACCGCGGAGGCCAUGACUCAAUGGACGUUUCUGCUGAUCUCACUGAACUUGGCCGAACACGGGUAGCUGUCAUCAGUAGCGGUUGCAAGGGUUUCCUUGAUAUCCCCAGGACACUGGAAUUCCUCGAGACCCAGGGUGCCCAUGUGUCGACCUUUGCAGACGGACGAUCUGGAAAGAUUGAUUUCCCAGCUUUCUGGGCUCGUGAUAGCGGCAUCAAGAGUCCUUCUGUUGUUCACACUGAGAAGGAGGCAGCCGCUAUCAUUCUGGCCCAGGAGAAGCUUGGAAUUGAGUCAGGCUUGCUCUUGGCCAACCCAAUCCCGGAGGAAUUUGGCGUUCCCGCGCCUGAGAUGCAGGCUUACAUCGAACAGGCUGUCAGGGAGGCAAAUGAGAAGGGCUUCACUGGCAGCGCCAACACUCCGUAUAUCCUGGGCAGGCUCAAGGAGCUCACAGGAGAGAAGGCCGUUAUCGCCAACAAGGCGCUGGUAACGUCCAACAUCACCCGGGCCACCAACAUCGCUGUCGAACUCUCAAAACUGUUGUCUUCUGGUUCAGGACCGGUCAAGACUUUUAAUUCAUAUUCUGCCGCUCCAUCUGCACCUGCAUCUCCUGCUCCUACUGAGCCCAAGGUGCCAGAAGUAGCGUCUGACAGUAAGGUCGAUAUCCUUGUCGCUGGCUCUGUCGCUGUUGAUCUGAGUUGUGACUAUGCCCCAAAGUCGGGUGACGCUUCACCCGUCCUCCACACCUCGAAUCCGUCUAGUAUCAGCCAGUCAAUCGGAGGUGUCGGCCACAAUGUAGCUCUCGCUGCCCACUCUGUAAGCAAACAUGCUCGAGUACGGCUCUGUAGCAUGGUUGGUGAUGACGUUGCUGGCAAGACCAUUCUUAAUGGGCUCGAAGCCUCCGGCCUUGACACCACCUACAUUCGACAACUAGGCCAUGAAUACCACGGCUCUAAUAGAACGGCUCAGUACGUCGCUGUCAACGAUGCAAACAAGAAUCUAGUCAUGGCUAUGGCCGAUAUGGGCAUCUUCACAAACCACUCUUUUCCCGAAUAUUGGAAGUCUGCCGUCCGGGGAACCAAGCCCAAGUGGUUGGUAGUGGAUGGCAAUUGGAGCGAGAAAGAUAUUCGAGCAUGGCUCAAGGCUGGCCAAGACCAAGGCUGCAAGAUUGCAUUCGAGCCAGUAUCGACAGCCAAGUCUAUGAACCUUUUCUGUUCUCAGAGAGGGCAUCCGAAACUUAGAGUCUUCCCUAGGUCCACGGUAGAUAUCGCUUCUCCCAACAGCUACGAGCUAGCAGCCAUGUACUCUGCAGCUCGCGAUAACGGCUACUUUGAGGCACCAGAGUGGUUCGACAUCAUCGAUGCCUUUGGCAUGCGAGGUGCCCGAGAUCGGUUUGUUAAGAUGACUUCAGCCGAGCUGACUGACGCUGGUGUUCCUGUUCAGUCCGUUCAACUACUUCCUUAUAUUCCGACUAUUGUGACGAAACUUGGUCCUCAAGGUGUUCUCCUGACCACUAUCCUCGCAAAGGAUGAUCCCCGGCUGAAAGAUCCUGACUCCGAAGAGUACAUCCUUGCUCGCUCGAUGAGCGACCACCCCAGCGUUGGUGGACUCUACAUGCGACUAUUCUCUGCAGCUGAAAAGGUCCAGAACAUUGUAUCUGUUAACGGUGUUGGAGAUACCUUCUUCGGCGUUUUAAUCUCUGGGUUGGCUCAGGGUGGUAAAGUCGAAAACCUCAUUGAUGUUGCACAAGCCGGCUCAUGUUUAACACUAAAGUCUCCUGAGUCGGUGAGUCCUGAUCUACACAGACUCGAGAGUGUGUUGGCACAGGCAGCAGCAGAAUAG